AUUAAAACACUAUAAAAUCAACAUAAAUUGCCAAAAUCCCGAAGCUGAGACGACAACCCCUUCUCCCUCCUCUCUCUGCAACGCCGUCGUCUCUGCUCGCUGGUCACCGGUAGAAAAUGCCGAAAGUUAAGACUAGUCGAGUUACCUACCCAGAAGGUUGGGAACUAAUUGAGCCCACUCUUCGUGAACUGCAAGCAAAAAUGAGAGAAGCUGAGAAUGACACUCAUGAUGGUAAAAGGAAAUGUGAGACCUUGUGGCCUAUCUUCAAGAUAUCGCAUCAAAAGAGUCGCUACAUAUUUGAUCUUUACCAUCGUAGAAAAGAAAUUUCCAAGGAGUUAUAUGAGUUCUGCCUGGACCAAGGUUAUGCAGACCGCAAUCUCAUUGCAAAGUGGAAGAAGCCGGGUUAUGAACGGCUCUGCUGUUUAAGGUGCAUGCAGCCUCGGGAUCACAAUUUUGCAACUACAUGUGUCUGCCGUGUGCCCAAGCAUUUGAGGGAGGAGAAGGUUAUUGAGUGUGUGCAUUGUGGCUGCAGGGGCUGUGCCAGCGGAGAUUGAUAACUGUUCUCUUCUUCAAGCUUAAAUGGUUUGCCUAGAGCUUUGUAUUAUGUAUAGCGAUUGUACCCCUUUAACUGACAGUGAACCUUUUCAAGCUGAGAUUCUAAAUUGUAUGUCUUUUUUUGCAAGAACUAAUUGUUGUGAUUUGUGAUGUUUUACCAAAUGCAAGCUUGAAAGCUGAAAAAAAGCAUACUGUGGUGCAUGCCUGCUUUGAUUUUGUUUGUCA